GCCUAAAGCUCUAUGUCUAUCUUGUUCAUCUUGGCCUACGCGUUUCCAUUCGUUAUUACUGUCGACAGAGCUGUAGCUAGAUUCCUUUCUUUGUUUUCAUCUUCUUCCUCGCUGCCUUUGAGCCUUUCUCCUUUCAGUUUUGACGUGAAAAUACAUUAAAGAUGCCUGCCGUCGGAGGGAUUCCAGCGGGUGGUGUACCCGGCAGGGAGUACCCUGGCAAACUCACUCCCUUUGUGACUGUAACUUGUAUCAUCGCAGCCAUGGGGGGCUUGAUUUUCGGUUAUGAUAUUGGAAUUUCAGGUGGAGUCACGUCAAUGGACCCUUUCUUAAAGAAGUUCUUCCCGUCGGUGUACCGGAAGAAGCAUGAAAACACGUCCACCAACCAGUACUGCCAGUAUGACAGUGAGAAGCUGACAAUGUUCACGUCGUCGCUGUAUUUAGCUGCUCUGCUUUCAUCGAUCGUGGCGUCCACUGUGACGCGUAAAUUCGGUCGCAAGUUGUCCAUGCUAUUUGGAGGCGUGCUCUUUUGCGCUGGUGCCAUCCUCAAUGGCUUUGCACAAGCCGUCUGGAUGCUUAUCGUUGGCCGAAUGUUACUCGGUUUCGGUAUUGGGUUUGCCAAUCAGUCGGUACCGCUCUACCUCUCUGAGAUGGCACCCUACAAGUUCAGAGGAGCUUUAAACAUUGGCUUCCAGUUAUCUAUCACGGUUGGUAUCCUUAUUGCCAAUGUGUUGAAUUACUUCUUUGCUAAGAUCAAGGGUGGGUGGGGUUGGCGCUUGAGCUUGGGUGGGGCCAUGGUCCCUGCCCUCAUAAUCACGGUUGGAUCACUAGUCCUUCCUGAUACCCCCAACUCUAUGAUUGAGCGUGGCAAACAUGACGAGGCCAAGAAGAAACUCAUAAGGAUUAGGGGUGUUGAGGAUGUUGAGGAAGAGUUCAGUGACCUUGUUGCUGCUAGUGAAGCAUCAAAGCUUGUGGAGCACCCUUGGAGAAACUUGUUGCAAAGAAAAUAUAGACCCCACCUCUCUAUGGCUAUCCUAAUUCCCUUCUUUCAGCAACUCACUGGAAUCAAUGUGAUCAUGUUCUAUGCACCUGUUUUGUUUGACACCAUUGGAUUCGGAAGCGACGCUUCCCUCAUGUCGGCUGUGAUUACCGGAAUUGUUAAUGUUGGUGCUACUCUGGUAUCCAUUUAUGGUGUUGAUAAAUGGGGAAGGAGAUUUCUUUUCCUUGAGGGUGGAAUUCAAAUGCUCAUUUGCCAGGGUGUUGUUACAGCUGCAAUUGCUGCUAAAUUUGGAGUGGAUGGAAAUCCUGGUGAGUUGCCCAAGUGGUAUGCCAUUGUCGUGGUGCUUUUCAUUUGCAUCUAUGUUGCGGGAUUUGCAUGGUCUUGGGGUCCCCUUGGCUGGUUGGUGCCUAGUGAAAUUUUCCCUCUUGAAAUCCGAUCUGCUGCUCAGAGUGUCAACGUGUCUGUGAACAUGAUAUUCACAUUUAUCAUUGCUCAAGCCUUCUUAUCAAUGCUUUGCCACAUGAAGUUCGGGUUGUUUCUCUUCUUUGCCUUCUUCGUGUUGGUGAUGACCAUCUUUGUGUACUUCUUCUUGCCUGAAACUAAGAAUAUCCCAAUUGAAGAGAUGGGCAGGGUUUGGAAGACCCACUGGUACUGGUCCAGAUUCGUGAGUGAGGAUGAGUACCCUAGCGUCCAGAUGGGUAUGGCGGCAACGGAGGGUAUAAAAAACGUGUGAUAGGAGGCUUGGGUCCAUCUGAUUCUUCCUCUGUUUUUAGUUCAAUCUUUGGGUAGCAGUACAUACUAUUUGGUUGUCAAGUCUAUAUUAUAUGGGUUUGUCUCAAUUUACAAGUGCUCUUCAGUUGCUCAAAAAGAAAAUUGACAUUCAAGUCAAUAUUAGCUCAAUUAUGUUAAGUGGACAAUGUGUUCAGGCUUACUGCUUUCAACAUAUUAUCUUGGUUAACUGUUUCUUUA